GCUCCAUGUUUACGGAAGUGAGUCUGAUGAAUGAACACUACAUAAUGUCCGUGUCGAUGUGAAAUUUUGAAAAACUGUCACGUAUAGUUAAUUUGUCUAAUUUAGAAUAGUAGCUACUGUCAUAUGUCUAAGGAUGAAGCUAGCUAGGCCACAAAGGCAGUAGCUAGGAGCCAAAAAACGUCAACUAGACUCAACGUCGCAACAGCUCAGUAGUAAGAGGUUCUUAAGGUAGACCUGACCAGACCUCUCUCCAGCACAAUGUGGGACCAGGAGAUCAGACAGAUGGCAUCCAGCCACGCCAUCAUGGCGUCGGGGGUGUUUAUGGCGACAGUGGUGCCGGCGGUGCUAGUGCCGGGUUUCUCUGUGUACGGGACACACCUGCUGUGGCUGUACUCUGUUGCCGGGGCCGUCGCCGUGGUCAACAUCACCCUGUUCUGGCUGUUGGGGGUCAGCCCUCCCACCAAGAAACACACUAUCACCUACAAGGUGUCUAGGUUGGUGCGUUCCUGUCUCUACCUGCUCCUCUCCUGUCUGUUCUUCCACACUGUAGUGAUCCUGUAUGGAGCACCGCUCCUGGAGACUGCGUUGGAGACGUUCUCUCUGGCGGUGUUGUUGACCAGUCUAACCACUCUGAGGUGUGUGUGUGUCCUUGGGCCCAACGUCCAGGCUUGGAUAAGAGUGUUCAGCCGACAUGGGGCCAUGUCAGUGUGGGACACCUCUCUACAGAUGGUGGUCGGCUGCAGUGUUGUUGGAGCCUGGCUGGGAGCCUUCCCUAUCCCUUUGGACUGGGACCGACCCUGGCAGGUGUGGCCCGUCUCCUGCAGUCUGGGUGCAGUGAUUGGUUACCUGACUGGGCUAGUCGCCGCCCCCGCCUGGAUCCACUGGCACCGCAAACACCUCACCUACAAGAGCAAGUGAUGGACUGGGGAGAGAGUGAGGAAGUGAUCGACUGGGGGGAGAGAGUGAGUGAGGAAGUGAUGGACUGGGGAGAGAGUGAGUGAUUGUGUUUGUAUACGUGCAUGCGGUUUAUAUGACAGUCCUCCAGGCAGCUGAUCCAUUAUCCCUGUAGUAAUCCUAUAUUCCAUUGGUAUCUGAAUAUGUAUUGGAGUGUUGGAGUAGACAGGCCCUCUCCUGUAAAAUAUGUUGCCAUGUAAAAAGAUUUUGACAAAUAAAGUCUUAGUUCUCUACAAACUU